AUGGCCGAUAUCAAAGCUGAAAGCUCACCACCGACGUCCGACAAGGCGAAAUACCUUCACCACUUCGAAGGCAUCCUGGUGGGCGACAUGUUCGAAGAGUCGUGGCUUCGAUCAGCCUUUCGUUACGAGCCCAGGGAGGAGGACGUGUACGUCAUGGGCUUCCCGAAAACAGGCACCACGUGGCUUCACUUCGUGCUGCAACGCAUCGUGAAUAAUGCGAGCGAAACGCCCGCACAGAGCGCCGCGACGUGCUUGCCUAACGUCGCCUUCCUGGAAUUCGCUGGUGGCGAGAAGGAAGCAUCCCACCGCAACAUCCAGCAGCCACAGAUGCGAACUCAAACCUCCUCAGUGAAGCGUGAGAGGCUGCGAUCACUAAGUGAGACCUGGUAUGUCUACGUGCUUCGAAACCCGUACGACACCUGUGUGUCGUACUACCACCAGGUGCAACAAAAAGCCCCAGGUUGCGGUGACCUGACCUUCGACGAGUUCUUCGAGCAGUUCAUAGGCGGAUGGAUUCACCCGAACGAUUACUUCGAUCACCUAGCGUCCUGGUUCGCGCACAAGGCGAGACCUAACUUUCUGUGCAUAGCGUACGAGUACAUGAACAAAGAUCCUCGUUCGGACCUAUCUCCGGAUAUUAUGAAAAGAGCCUUCGCCGAAGCCCUUUCUGCAAGGCAACAGGAGAAGUCUGUCAAAGGCCGUCCCCCGAACGGAGCUUCAGACGACUUGUCCGACGGAGCCAACAAGCUCAAAGGGGGAAGCCUCGUGAGGACAGUGACUGUCGGCGACUGGAAAAACUAUUUCUCAGCCUCUCAGAUUAAGCGUAUGAAAGCCAAAAUGGCAUCCAAGACUGAAGGCUUUCGAACAGGUCUGGAGGUUUUGUGGAAGGACGCCAACCUGCCAUGA